AUGGGGACAGGGGUUGAUCCUGGUCCGGACAAGGCUCCAGUCGCCAACAACGGGUGGAUAAAACCACCCCAGAGAUCCUGUGGAAAUAUUUCCCCCUCUUUCUGUGCUUCUCUGUUGGCUAAAUACAUUUUUUCCUCCUGGUUGGAAAAUAGCCCGAUUUUCCAAUUGCUGCACGUGGACAAGAUAGUGGAGCAGCUGCAGCAGUUYGUGCAGAGCUACGACCUGGCCGCGCUGCGGGACUACUGGGGCUACCUGGAGCGGCGCCUCUUCAGCCGCCUGGAGGACGUGUACCGGCCCACCGUGAGCAAGCUGAAAACCAGCCUGUUCCGCUACUACCUCGUCCACACUGUCCAGACCGGCCGCAAUGACAAGGCACAGGAGUUCUUCCUCAAGCAGGCCUCCGAGCUCCAGAACCAGGCGGAGUGGAAGGAUUGGUUUGUCCUGCCCUUCCUCCCAGCCCCAGACUCCAACCCCACCUUCGCCACCUAUUUCUCACGCCAGUGGGCUGAUACAUUCAUUGUGUCCCUGCACAACUUCCUGAGCGUCUUGUUUCAGUGCAUGCCUGUUCCAGUCAUUUUGAACUUUGAGGCUGAAUGUCACAGGACCAGUCUCAUACAAGAAGAGAACGAAUCGUUGCGGCAKAAGCUAUUUGCCUUGCAGGCUGAAUCCUCCCGCGUGAAGAAAGAAGAGCUGGAAGUGGAAGAAGCAGUUGUGCACCACAAAUUGCCUGCGUAUGUGGCCAACAUGGACCGUCUAGGGGACUCUGAGCUCGAUAUGACCUGCAGCCAGAGGAGCACUGCACAUUCUCUUCAGGCCCGGGGAGGCUUUCUGUCCUCUUUCCUCUCCCAGAGUAAAAAGGGCCCUUCCAGACCAAUCCAGCCAAGCGGGGCUUCUCCAACACAGACCAGCAGUGUGCUGCUAGGAAAGAAAGAAUCAGCAAAUCAUCAGAGUGCCAAGGGGAAGGAAGGAGCAGUGAGCAGCAAGGAUGGGAAGAGCCACUUCAGCGGGUUAGCAGCAGGUGAACUGAGCUCCCUGCAGCAGCGGCAGAGGCGCCUGCAAGAGCAUGGGAAGGAAAGGAAGGAGCUGCUCUCGAAAGGGACCUCCCAGGGCCAGAGUGCUGAGAAGAAAACUGAUGCUACCGCAGCUGAGGCAGAGCCGUGCUCAGAGGCCCAGCCUGAGCAAGCAGAGACUCCCACGAGGGCGCCCGCCGUCAGCGCGGAGGCGGCAGCCGCCCGGCAGGAGCAGCCCUUCAUUGUCCUGAGCCAGGAGGAGUACGGGGAGCACCACUCCUCCAUCAUGUACUGCAGGGUUGAUUGUUCUGGACGAAGGGUGGCCAGCUUGGAUGUGGAUGGAGUCAUCAAAGUGUGGUCUUUUAAUCCCAUAAUGCAGACCAAAGCUUCAUCCAUUUCCAAAUCUCCACUGCUGUCUCUGGAAUGGGCCACCAAGCGGGAUCGGCUGCUGUUGCUUGGCAGUGGGGUUGGGACGGUUCGUCUUUAUGACACAGAAGCAAAGAAGAACCUUUGCGAAAUCAGCAUCGAUGAAAACAUGCCCAGGAUCCUCUCGCUCGCCUGCAGCCCAAGCGGCGCUUCCUUCGUCUGCUCUGCRGCAGCCCCGAGUCCCAUCUCCCACGUGGACUUCUCAGCAGUCACCUGUGGAGGCAGAAGCAUGAACCAGGUUCCCGGGAAGCUGCUGCUGUGGGACACAAAAACAAUGAAGCAGCAGCUGCAAUUUUCCCUGGACCCUGAGCCUAUUGCUAUUAAUUGCACGGCCUUCAACCACAACGGCAACCUGCUGGUCACGGGGGCUGCGGAUGGGAUCGUUCGUCUCUUUGAUAUGCAGCAGCACGAGUGUGCCAUGAGCUGGAAGGCCCACGAUGGGGAGGUCUACUCUGUGGAAUUCAGCUAUGAUGAGAACACCGUCUACAGCAUAGGGGAGGAUGGCAAGUUUAUUCAGUGGAAUAUUCACAAAAGUGGCUUGAAAGUGUCUGAAUAUGAUCUUCCCAGCGAAGCUACYGGUCCCUUUGUGCUGUCCGGAUACAGUGGAUACAAGCAAGUCCAGUUCCCACGAGGAAGGCUUUUUGCUUUUGACUCUGAAGGGAACUACAUGCUCACGUGUUCUUCUACUGGGGGAGUAAUUUUUAAGUUAAAUGGUGAAGAGAAAGUCCUAGAGAGCUGCCUUUCCCUUGGAGGACACCGAGCUCCGGUYGUCACAGUGGACUGGAGUAUGGCCAUGGACUGUGGAACCUGUCUUACCGCCUCGAUGGAUGGGAAGAUUAAAUUAACAACUUUACUGGCUCAAAAGUCUUAACCUGGAAGGUGCAGGAGAAAAACAACAGCAGACUGGAGGAAAAAAGAAAAAAGUGUUAACAGGAACAAAYUGCAUGAGAGAGAAGGCAAACUACAAUCACCCUUCUUGUUUUUGGCCGGAAGCUUUUGCCUUCUGACAAGUGUUAAGUGUAUAUGCCAAACCACUGUGCAGAAGAAUGCUGUUCUGGGACCAGCUCAGCAGCAGCACUGAAAAAUAGGCAGCCUUCACUGAGCCCUCGUGGCYGGGGGGCUCCCUCUGCUAAGGAGUCUUCAAGUAGCAGGUGGCUGGAAGGCGGCUGGGGUCAAAUCCCUGGCUGUGUGGGAGAAGGCAAGGAU